CGGACCACCCCAUGCCCACCCAGCACUUCCAGCUCCCACUCAGAACAGGGAAAAAAAAUGUCUGGAGUGCAGGGAGGAGUUUUCCACAAAGAAGGCCGCCCUGAGCCACCGCUGCCACCAGACCAAGAGGAAGGAGCGUGAGAAAGUGACCUACUCCUGCAAGGGCUGCCUGCGUAGGUUCCUGCUGCAGAGGGAGUACUUGAAGCAUGCCGACGCCUGCUGCAAGAACACUCCCGUCGCCUGUAAUCUGUGUCUGGUAAAGUUACCCAGUGCUGCUUACCUGCCUGGCCACCUGGCUGCCCUGAAGCCUCCUCUCAGCAAGGGCAGCACCUUGUGUGAGGCGUGUGGCCGAGGGUUCAGCAGGAAGGAGGCGCUCCAGCGGCACAAGGCGAGAGUCCACGGGAAGGCCCACGGCAGCCACCAAUGUGGCUGCACCUUUCCCCACACCUCCCUGCUGGCCGAGCACCUCAGGCCACACCAGGGAUGCACUUGUCCGGAAUGUUCCAAGGUGUUCAGCUGCAGAUCCAACCUCACACUGCACCGCCGGGCCCACCACAUGCGCCUACCACUGCACUGCCUGCAACAAACACUGGAAGUUCCACGCCAGCUACACCUACCACAUGAAGAAAUUCCACGGGAGCAGCGGUGUGGCGGGUGCCGGCCGGUGGUGUGCUCUGCGUCAGCACUCCUUGACCUGCCACGUCCACCACACUCAGAGCACAGGGCAGGAGGCAGCUUUGGAAGACAUGCAGGGGGUGGCAGGGAGGUCAUGAAGCCACUCCCUGACAGUGCACCAGGUUGUGGCUCCCUGCUCAGCCCUGCCCACCUCAGCAAGCAAGGAACUGACAGCCUUGUCCUGCUCUCAGAGAUGAGGAAGAUUCAAGUGUACCCACCUCCAAACACCUCCCACCAGGCGCCUCCUGCGGGGGAGAUCAUUGUGGAGGUGUUGGAGGACACGGAUGCAGAGUACCAGUACAUCAUCUUGGUGGAGGACGCUGCCGUGGCCCACUUCACCAUGACGGACACUGCUGCCAUAUGGAACACCUCAGGCCGCCAGUGCCGAGAUGCCGCAGAAGUUGAGUUGUGUCGGGUGGGCGGGCAUCAACGAUGGAAGUCUGGAAGAAUAGCUGACCGUCCACACGGCAAGACUUCACACCAGGAGGAAGAUCUAGGUCUACUCCAGUUGUACAUUCUGCAUGUGGCCAAUUUCUACAACCCUGACAUCGGACCCAUUUUUCUGAAGGUCUGCUAUUAGCAAAUAGUUCCCCACACACCAAACAAAGCCAUUUGCCAAUUUGCUGAUAAUGCGGUAAAAGGCCCACAUGUGGGGUAAAAGGCCUCCCUGUGAGCAACUUACCCCAAAGGCACAGGGGGCCUCUUACCCUGGCAACUCAUAUAUACACAAAAUGUCACCAACUUUCCUACAAGCCAUCCAGGAUGAAGGUGGUCUGCAGGGUGGUCUGACGGCACAGCAGCACCAUCAACUAUCAACCCUGAGGAGAGAUGCGUCAUUAGCUGGCAGGGCUCACGGCACGGACAGUGGACAGCCAGUGGGCAUGGCAAUCAAUUUUGAAGUGUUUCCUACAACUUGUAGCAGUGUCACCGAUGAGCCCAACACCCUGAAAACGUUUCUUGCUUUAAAAGAUGUAAAUGGUAAUGUCUCGAACAAUAUGGAGGAUGCAGUUAUUUGGGAUGGAGAAAAACUACAUGGAGUCAUACAGUUAUCAUGAAGAGGUCACUAGUGAAGAGAAUGAAGUGCUAAGCUUGGAAGUUCUCAGUGCAACAGCAGAUGAAUUAAAUAAAGCUGUACAAGGAAUGAGUGAAGGAAAAGCAGGAAGAGGAGAUGGCCUAGUUAAAGAUGCUAGUGAUUUCAUACCUAUUAAAUUUAGUAGAAGUUCUGCAUUGUAAGUAACACAUCAAACCAAUCACAUCAAUACACUUUACCAUUUGAUGCUGUAAAAUUAAAUAAACCUUAAAGACAGUA